CAAAACAAACUAUAAGAAAUAACCUCAAAUAUUUGAGCGGUGCAAGAAAAACGAAACGUUUUGUUUACAACAAAGUACUGAGAAUUAAAAUUUGUAUUUAAUCUCAUAUAAAUCUCAAGAAAUGGAAAACAAAGGAAAGACUCAAGGAGGUAAUGACAACAAAGAAAAACGCCGCAAGGAGUCCAUCCUCGAUCUGUCCAAGUAUCUGGAGAAAAUGAUUCGCGUCAAAUUCGCUGGAGGUCGAGAAGCUGCUGGUGUCCUUAAGGGUUACGAUGCCCUUCUCAACUUGGUCCUGGACAAUACCGUCGAAUACCUGCGAGACGUCGAUGAACCCUUCAAAUUGGCCGAGGAGACACGCAGUCUGGGUCUGGUUGUUUGCCGGGGGACGGCAUUGGUACUAAUCUGCCCUCAAGAUGGUAUGGAAUCCAUUCCAAAUCCUUUCAUCUCACAAGAUGCAUAGAAACAAAGACAAUCAAUUACAUUCUCAAACGAAACGCAAAAAUUCUUGUUUUGUUUUUUAUUUGAAUCUUUUAAAGAAUUUGAUACGAACAAAAAUUAAGGAAAACAAAAGCAAAAACAAAAGCCACGUUAAAAAUAACUGUAAUUCCGCUUAGAUUAAGAAUGAAAAAUAAAUAAAUUAAUAAUUAUCUAUCUA